CUCUCAGAAAAUAUACCGUGCAGUCGUAGUAGUAGUAGCAGUAGAAUAAAAAUAGCCAUUCAUUAGGCUAAAAUCUUUAUAUUUGUUGAAAUAAACAAUUAAUUGUAGGUUAAAAUGUCAAAGCCAGGAUACAAAGUCGGUACGUGGGUAACAAUAAUUUACGGGGAUGGCCCAAAGCAAUGGUAGAGUUAAAAAUAAAUCGGUCAUGCUCCCAUGAGUGUGACAUUAAACAUGCGACGGCGACCUGUCUACGUGGUCAGUGAUGAAAAACAUUUAACAUAUUCAAUAUAAUUCAUCGAAUUUAAAUAAGUAGAAGUGGGCCUACUGAAUCUAAUAACUUACUAUGGCCCAGAAAGAUCGACAGUGACAAAACAAUUUGACUACCGUUAUGUCAUUGUAAUGACGGCUAAGAGUGAUAGCGCUAUUUGAUUUGUUAUUUUAAACUGGAUUAAUCUAUAAAUACUGCUGUUUUCAUAGUCAACGAACAGAUAGUUCAGAGUUACUCUUCAGUUGAACCGGCUGUUAAAUGAUUUAACAAACCAACUUUUACCUUAGCACCACCAAUAUAAUAGGCAUUAUUGAAUUUAUUGAGGCCCAAGCCAAAUAUUUCGUUUCACCCUCUUGGCCUGUGCCGGCCUCUGAUUCUGAUCAGCUGCUCUCUGCAAAUUAUAGUCAUAGUAAUACAAAAUAGAUCUAGCAGUAAUAUGCCUAUACUAUUCAACAAUAUUAAUAAAACAUAAUAAUAUAAUAUUGGGUACCGGUACACAGGACUCGGACUGGUAAUAAAUUAUUAAAUAAAUUUGAAAUAGAAUCUGCCUCAAGUUACCAUUGACAUUAUCAUAAUCAUUGUCAUUAUCAUCAGAUUCAAUUGAUUCAUCACUUCCUUAAAUUUAAAUAAAAUCCUCAUUUACAGAGCGUCACUAGUGUAGUAUUAUUUCCAAAUGAGGCAAAUGACUAUUCAGUCAGUAUUCAGUAAUUAAAAAUAUACCUAAUAAAUCACUAGGGACUAUGACUAAGUCAGGAGUACAUCUUUAUUGAAAAUUAUUGUCCUAGGAGUAGGAGGUGAUAUUCAUUUGACAUUGAUUUGAUAAGCCUAUUUACCUACGUCUAGCUUUAAACAAAAAAAGUAAUGCCUAAUCUCAAUAAUAAUAACUAAGUUUUGGCCUACUGAAAACUGAAUAGCAACGGCACCAAAAACUUUUUAAAAUUUCUUUUUUAAAUAGGCAAAUCAGACACUAGGUCCCUCUUAAUUGCUUGAAAGUCAGUCAGGCAUAAAAAAAAUAUUCCAUGUUAGUAGUUAGUGUUAGAUCUUUGACUCUUCAAUUUUCAUUAAGACAUUCAUUAUGGUUGGAGCAUAAUGACAAAAAGAAAUUCUUACUUUACUAUAAUUAUAAGGUUAAAUAACUACCGUACAACUAUUUAUAUACAUAUUCAUAUAUAGUAGUAGCAGUAUUAUAUGGGGGGAGGGCCCUAUUAUUACUACUAUUAGUACUACUAUGCCUAUAAAAUAUAAUUUAUUAUUAUAUGCUACAGGGCCUAAUAUGGGAACUCAAACCAACUCUUUUUAAUGCCUGUUAAUAGUUAACAAUUUGUGAACUGUUGUGUUGAUUUCAUCCUGGCUAAUUAUAAUUAUAAAAAUAUACCCGAAAUACUUGUAUUUGUAUCAUGAUUAUGUUUUCAUAUUUUCUCAUCAGCUGAUAUUAGCCUUGCAGAGUGGGGACGUAAGUGUCUAGAAAUUGCUGAGAAUGAAAUGCCUGGCCUUAUGUCAAUGAGAAAGAAAUAUGGAAAGAGUAAACCUCUAGAAGGAGCCAGAAUUGCUGGAUGUCUCCAUAUGACUAUUCAAACUGGAGUACUUAUCGAAACUUUAACAGCUCUUGGCGCUGAGGUAGGUUGACAAAGUAAUGCAAUGCCUUGAUUGAAAAUUUUGUGGUUUUCUCAAAUGAUUUGACCUUGACAUGUCAACUAUUUUAAACGAAGAAGCAGUAAGUUCCCAUCUAAUUCUGAAACAUUUGAUCCUUGCAACAGCUAAGAUCAGAAUCAUGCAUAUCUGUAAAAUCAAAGGCUUUGUCAAAAUGUUACACUCUACUUUAAAAUUGAUCUAAAAUCUCUUAAAUCCUCCUAUUUGAGUAAAGUAUUGUACAAUGAUGCACCAAUGAUUUAAAUGAACUCACAAAAGUCCAUGUAAAUAUGAGUAUGCAUGGGAUGUACAGUUUGAGACAUACAAUAGAAAUUCCCACAACUAAUUGAUAAUUACUACAAUUAUAUAAAUUAUCCCUAAUUCAGCCCAGUGUCACAUCAAUCAGUGUUCAGUACUGAACUAAACUUCAUUUAAAUCUGAAUAUUCUAUUUCAGGUUCAAUGGUCUAGUUGUAACAUUUUCUCCACACAAGAUCAUGCUGCAGCAGCUAUUGCUAAGACUGGAGUUCCAGUCUAUGCAUGGAAAGGUGAAACUGAUGAGGAAUACAUAUGGUGUAUUGAACAGGUUUGUUCUUUGCCCAUUCAGCGUCAUUAACUAAAUGUUAAUAUUCCAUUUAAUUUCUGACAGGCUUAGUGAAAUAACCAUUUUUUAUUUAUCAGAAAAGAAAUAAUCUAACAGUUAUCGGAUUUUUUUAUUGAACUCAUCAUUAAUGGAACUACUCUUUUCGUCUCUAUGCUAGUAUAGGUACCCCAAUACCCGACACAUCUAAUAGACACAUCUAAUAUUUUAUAUGAUAAUUUAAAGUAAUUGAAGUUAUUUAUUCAGAGACUUCUAGAUAGUAUAUCAUAAGGACACAUUUUUCUUGCAUAAAUUAUUUGAAACUAUUACUCCUGUAGACAAUUUAUUUCCCUGAUGGUCAGCCUCUGAAUAUGAUCUUAGACGAUGGAGGAGACCUUACAAACUUAGUACAUGAAAAAUAUCCAAAAUUACUUGAAGGUAAUUUUUCACAUUCUUAAAAUUAUCUAUUAUUACUAUUAUAUAAAUAAUCAAUGUAAUUUAAAACAAAUUUCUAUCUAAGUAACUUUUAAUAUUUUUAUGAUUAAUAAAAUUUGUUGCAUUUCUUUAGGCAUUAGAGGCAUCUCUGAGGAAACCACCACAGGUGUCCACAAUUUGUACAAAAUGUUCAAUGCUGGUGUUCUCAAAGUUCCAUCAAUUAAUGUUAAUGAUUCAGUUACCAAGGUAUAAAAAAAAAUUAUCAGGAAGUAUUUACAUGGAUUAAAUUAAAAUUAGUACCUAAGAUCUACAAAAGUAAUUGAGUGUAAAAAUUAUUUAAUAUCAUGAGAAAUCUAAAAAAAAAAAAAAAAAAAAAAUUAAAAAAAAAAAAAUUAUCAGGAAGUAUUUAAAUGGAUUAAAUUAAAAUUAGUACCUAAAAUCUACAAAAAUAAUUGAGUGUAAAAAUUAUUUAAAAUCAUGAGAAAACUAAAAAAAAAAAAAAAAAAAAAAUUAAAUCCUCUUCAAAAUGAUCUUGUUGAUAAAUUGACAUAUCUAUUUUAUUUUUUCUAUAAAAGUAUUAAGCUAUAUGAUGUAUGGAUAAAAAAAUGUAUUUUUAAAGCAUUUAAAGGUGUUAUUAAAUUUAAUUUGAAAAAGAAAAUAAAUGUUUUUUUCAGAUUUACAUCCCAACUUUGUCACAUCCAAUUUUCAUUUUCAUUGUCAUAAUGAACUUUCAGUUAAGGUGAAUACUUAAUUGUGCUGUAAAUUUAAUCUUGUCCGUGUAUUGUAUUCAUAUUUUUGUGAACCACUAAGUUGUUUACCACAUUUGCAGAGUAAAUUUGACAACCUGUAUGGGUGCCGAGAGUCUCUUGUGGAUGGCAUUAAACGUGCCACUGAUGUCAUGUUGGCUGGAAAAGUUGCUUGUGUUGCCGGUUAUGGAGAUGUUGGUAAAGGCUGUGCCCAGGCUCUGCGAGCAUUUGGUGCUAGAGUCAUUAUUACAGAGAUUGAUCCUAUUAAUGCCUUGCAGGCAGCCAUGGAAGGAUACGAGGUACCUGUCAAUCUUAAUUUGAUAUAAGUUUAUUUGGAUUUUUAUUUAAGCAUUAAAAUAACCAUUUGUGGCUAGAACUCUUUGACAAGGAGUCAACUAUCCAACUUGAAAGGAAAGCUAAAUCUAAAGCUUACUUUUUGCAAAAUAUAAAUAUGAUGGAAAAAGGAAACUUAGUGCUAAAAAAUUUGCGCACCAAGGUAUUGUUGUUUACCCACCAUAUUAUUAUAUAGUUAAAUCAACUGGAUGCUGAUUUGAAAAAAAGAAAUAUUUGUUAGUAAAUACUAUGUAACUUUUGAAAAUCAACUAAUUUAUUAUUUUUCUUCACUUAGACUCCAAUUUUUUACUUUGGUUAGCUAAAAAUAGACAUGAAAAUGAAUUUAGUAAUACAGCUAAUAACUUUGAAUGCUAAAAAAUUUUAACAAAAAUAAUUAUGUAAAUUGUUUUUUCAUUUACCGAUACUGUAUUUAAAGAGGUUUGAGAUCAUUCCAAUUUUAUUACUUCUAUCUUUGCAUCUAUAUUUAAAAAAAACACUGCUUUGGGAGAUCAUUUCAUAAUUUACUAUCUAUACUCCAUUUUUUUAGGUUUCAACAAUUGAAGAAGUCUUGAAGGAGGCUCGCAUAUUUGUAACCAGCACUGGCUGCAAGGGUAUUUUGACAAAUGAACAUUUUGAAAAUAUGCUCGAGGACACAAUUAUCUGUAACAUUGGACAUUUUGACUGUGAAAUCGACGUUGCAUGGCUGAAUGCCAACACUGUUAAGAAAGAACAAAUUAAGCCACAGGUAUAUGUGCUUUUGUGACAUUCUCAUUCAUCUGUUUAUUUCAUUUAUAUAACACAUUCAUAAAUUUUCUUCAUUUAAAUUACCAUUUUCCCAGAAUAUCAAAAGUCAUGUAAUAUAAAUAGCGGGAAACGUAAUUCAAAAAUAAAUAUAAUACUUGGUUUAGGCUCUACUUCCUCUUAACUUUCUAUGACAAUGAAUUUUGGGUGCUGUUUGCUUUUGGACUCAUUUUUCUAUGUUGUCUAAAUUACCUAAACUGUUGCAGGUUGAUCGUUACACUAUGAAGAGUGGUCGCCACCUCAUCCUUCUGGCAGAAGGACGUCUUGUUAACUUGGGCUGUGCCCACGGUCAUCCAAGUUUUGUGAUGAGCAACUCCUUUACAAAUCAAGUUCUUGCUCAGAUCGAACUGUGGACCAAGACUUCUGAGUACAAACUUGGUGUGCAUAUGCUUCCCAAAAAGGUAAAUAGUAUAGUUUAGCUUUGUCAAUAUUUUUUUUAACUUACAUGAGAGGUAUUUUAAUGAGGGUGGGUGAUAGGAAUAGCUAUCAUUUUUUUAUUGAGUGGGAAGUUCAUUAGUACCAGUACAGCAGUGUGUAAGAUGAAAAUGUAAUUAUUUUGUUUGUACCAAAGUUUCAACCUUUUGGGAUUUUCACUCACACACUAUAUUUAUUGUAUGAAUUUCAAGUCUGUCUUUGGACCUGGCAUUGCUAAUUUUGUAACUGCAAGAGCUGGUCUAAUGUUCCAUAAAUUUUUUGAAUGUAAAUGUUUUGAAUAAAACUGCAUCAUUUCCAGAGGUCACAUUGAUACACCAAGGAUCAGCCAUACCAUGUGUACCUAUCUGAAAUAGCAAUUGUGUACUUAAUUAUGUAGCAUCAUCUAUACAAUGUACACCAAUCUGAUUUAACAAGGAUAAAUAAAUAGUGUAUACCUAGUGUAUACAUAUCGUUAGAUUUAUAAAGCAAGGAUCAAUAAUAAAAUCUUUACUGUUGUGUACCUAUCAUUUCAGCUUGAUGAAGAAGUGGCUGCUGCCCACUUGGAACAUUUAGGGGUUAAACUGACUACACUGACCAAAGAUCAAGCUGAAUACAUUGGUGUUCCUCAAAAUGGACCCUACAAGCCUGAUUAUUACAGAUAUUAAAUUAAGUUUCUUAUGAAGGAAAUAAUGUUGAUUGAUAGAGAACUGAAUGUCCACCAAAAAAAAAAAAAAGAUUAAGUUUAAACAGAGGUAUUACUCAUUAUUCAUGUUAUCAGAUACGGUAACCAGUUGUUGAAAAGGAAAUAAUGUUGAUUGAUAGAGAACUGAAUGUCCACCAAAAAAAAAAAAAAAGAUUAAGUUUAAACAGAGGUAUUACUCAUUAUUCAUGUUAUCAGAUACGGUAACCAGUUGUUGAAUAUUUAUUUUUUUUUAAAUUGAAAAUUAUUGCAAUGCAUUGUGCGAGAAUGAUAAUAAAUGUAAAAGGUGAUUGUGGCAAAUGUGUGCAUGUAUUAUGAUGUAAAUCAUUAUGUCUUCAUGUUUUAACUGCUCAUAUGCAUUUAAAAUAUGUCUUCAGCAUCAAUGAAUGUUAUGUUUAUACUUCUGCACUUAACCUCUAAUUGUUAGAGAGGUAAUUUUGUAAGAACAAAAUUACAAAUUAAAUUCUUUAAUAUGUAACAAUUU